AGAUCUGUGACUUCCUGGCAAGAGUCAUGCAUGGAAAGCUGCUGGAUGUGCAGUUUGAAGAUGAUGCCUCUGUGAUGCCUCUGAUGUCGGCUGCCAGACUCUGGUCAGACCUCAAAAACACUGUGGCAGACGAAAGUUUGUUUAAAAACGUUGCCAUCCUUUUGAUUGUACAGUCUGUUGCUGUCUGCUUGGAGAAGGGUGAAAGGUCUUCUGCCUCCUCUGCCCUCAGGUGGUUUGAGAAUAACCUUGAACUUCCACAGGGUUUGAGAGUUAAGCUUUCGAAAAUAGUUGCACAGGCUGAGACUUACCACCCAUUCCUCAUGAGCUUCAGCUUCAGUCGCCUGCUAGAGACAGUCCAGUCCUACUUGGAUGCCUAUUUGGAGAAGAAUCCUUCUGACUACCUUCUCAAGGCAGCUUCAAAGAUGGUGCAGUCCUCACACAAAACUGAAGGUUUGGAGGACGAGGGGCCCCGGGACAGCUCUCUUUCAAAGAAGGCCAGUGAUGUCACGGAGGACAGAAAGAAAGGAAACACCACAUGUCACAGACCAAAACGGAAACUACUCUCAACCAUAAAUACAGAUGUGUGGAAGCCUGAUACAUGCAAGAAGCGUCAUUUUUCUCUACGUCGAAUCUCCAGUAAUGCAUCAGAGUUAUCCCAGAUGACAGAAAAUUCACCAGACACAAAAAAGGCACAAAAAACAAGAAAACCCCCUCAAAAAUGGACCUCCCAGCUGGACAAGUACCUCAAGGAUGGUGUUAAACGUCACGGGCAGGGGAAGUGGUCUCGUAUCUUAAUGGAUUAUGACUUUGAAGGACGCACCGGCACCAUGCUCAAAGACCGCUGGAGAGUUCUAACGAGGGCACAUGAAGUGGGAUAAAGACACACAGAGCUUCUCUAAUUCGUACAAUGUAGCAUUUGACCUGUAAAUAAAAUCACCUGAUUUUUCUAUUGAUUUUUUUUAAUGGUUUUAGUUGCAUGCUCUGUUAUGUUUGCACUGAAACAAUUUACCACCAGAGGGUGCUCAAGCACAGAACAGUGAUCUGGGUAAGUUGGUCUGCUGUGACUGGGUAAAUUUGACGAUGUGUAACAAUGUGACAAUGUGUCAGUAAAACAGUAUAUUUCACUCAUUUAGUCUUUUUUUAGCUGACCAGCUAAAGCUUAACCGUGUCAGUGUAUGUGCUUUGCUGCUGCUGUGUGCACCCAGUCAUACCACCAGAGAGCAAUCACAGGAAACGAUGUAAAAGUUUUUAGUUUUUUAUAUUUAAGGCCACAUUUUUUUAGAUAAAUAAGGUGUAAGACAAGACAUUUGUAAAAGAGUACAAUAGCAUUGUUUUAUAACCAAA